AUGCCUCAGUCUUCCAGGGUUUCGACACGCGACGGACAUGAAUCGCGUCAUCGCCAUUCACAUCAGGAAGGAGGCUCACGGCGCCACCGCGACAAUAGAUCUCAGUCACCAGAUGGAAGCCCGCAGAGACAUUCGGGGGAGCGCAGGAGAAGGUCACCCAGGAGGAGAGACAGGGAGAGGGAGUCUCGAAGGCCGCGCUCCUCCGAUGGGCACCAUGGCUCGUCGAGUCGUGCAAGCAAACAGACGAGCCAAGUGGCAGUAGCGCUGCCGUAUGGGGCCCGGCAGCUUUCAAAGGAUGACCUUGGGGCGUUUGAGGCGCUCUUUGGCGAGUACCUGAGCUUGCAGAAGCAACGGUAUAUCGAGGACAUGGAUGAUCGGGAGGUUCGGGGUCGGUGGAAGAGCUUCGUGGGCAAGUGGAAUCGUGGAGAGCUAGCUGAGGGGUGGUAUGAUCCCGACAUGUUCCAGCGUAUCCUUGAGCGGGAUCCAUUACCCAAGAGACAGCCAGAGCCGCAAGAUGCACCACGGGAACGAGAAGUUGGGCACCGUGACAGCUCUGGGAGCGAGGACGAGGACGAGGAUGAGGACUACGGCCCUGUGCUUCCAGGCGCAUCAGCUAGCAGCCGUCGAGCUGGCGUUGGGAUUCCGACCAAGGAUGAUCUUGCUAUACGCGAUGAGCUUGCCGCGGAAUCUAGAGAGGCUGAUCGAGAAGAACUACGCGCUGCCCGCAAAGCUGACCGGAAGCUGCAAAAGGAGCGUCUCGAAGAGCUGGUCCCUCGCGCCGAGGCGGGCACUCGCGAGCGCAAGCUAGAGAAGCGGCAGGAAGUCAAUGAGAAGAUGCGGUCAUUUCGAGAAAAGAGCCCUGGCGGAGAAGUGCGUGAUAGCGAGCUGAUGGGAGGAGGUGACAGCCUGGAAGAGUACAAGAAGGCAAAGGAGAAGGAGCAGCGGCGGAAAUCGGAGAGGGAGAUUCGACGGGAAGAGAUGGAGAGGGCGAGGAGAGAGGAGAUUGCGGAGAAGAGGAGGGCGUGGCAGGAGAGGGAGGAUGAAACGGUGAGUAUGCUGAGAGAGUUGGCCAGACAGCGGUUUGGGCCUUGA